CCAGUUGUCCCUCUCGGUCUCAUUGUUUGUGGCUCAUUGCUGCGCUGCACCGCCAGGCGGACGGAGAGACGGGUCAGAGGAAAAUGGCGGACGGUGUAGAUCACAUCGAUAUCUACGCCGACGUAGAGGAGGAAUUCAGCCAGGAAGCUGACUACCCAGUUCAUGAGCAGAUCGACCUUUAUGAUGAUGUAAUUUCCCCAUCAGCCAACAAUGGUGAUGCUCCAGAAGACCGUGACUACCUGGACACACUGCCUUCACCUGGUGGCACUGAGGGAGGAAAGAGUGCUCCCCCAAAUGUGGUUUACACCUACACAGGCAAAAGAAUUGCCCUGUACAUAGGAAAUCUCACAUGGUGGACGACAGACGAAGACCUUACAGAAGCCAUACGAUCAAUAGGUAUCACAGAUGUGCUGGAGAUCAAGUUUUUUGAAAACAGAGCCAAUGGACAGUCAAAAGGGUUUGCGCUGGUGUGUGUUGGCUCAGAGGGAUCAUCCCGGAAGCUAAUGGAGCUGCUGUCAAAGAGGGAGCUCCAUGGUCAGAAUCCCAUUGUCACGCCAUGCAACAAACAGUCCCUCAGCCAGUUUGAGAUGCAGUCACGCAAAAGUGAGGAGUGCUCUGAAAAAAAAGGUACCCAGUCAGGCCAGAUGUCUGGGGAAGGUAAAGCUGGUCCCCCCGGUGCUGGUUCUAGAGGAGGUUUUCCAAUGGGACGAGGCAGAGGGAGGUUUCCUGGACCUCCCGGCCCAGGAGGAGACCGCUUCCCUGGACCUGUUGGUCCUGGAGGGCCGCCACCACAUUUCCCUGGCUCGGGGAUGGGACCAGAUCUGAUUAGGCACCAAGAUGGCCCCCUGAUGGAUAUGAGUUUCAAUCCCUUCCCGCCGGGGGGCAGGAACGGGAGCUGGCGCGGCAGAGGUGGAAUGCAGGGUCCCCCACGUCCCCCUCCCGGUCCACCUGGUCCACCGGGCCCUCCAGGACCUCCCCCUCCUGGCCAGGGCCUCCCCCCUCCCCUCCCCGGUCCUCCAAACCGCGGUGAUAGGCCACCUCCCCCAGUUCUCUUCCCUGGUCAGUUUGGCCAGCCUCCAAUGGGACCCAUGCCCCCAGGACCCCCUCCUCCAGGUUACGGCCCUCCCCCUGGUCCCCCACCCCCUCAACAGGGCCCGCCACCCCCAGGACCCUUCCCUCCUCGCCCCCCAGGUCCCAUUGGGCCCCCCAUGGCUUUGGCGCCACCUCCUCACAUGCCUGGUCCCCCACCAGGUGGACCACCACCAGCACCCCAUGUCAACCCUGCCUUCUUUCCCCCACCUGGCAACAACAACAUGCCCCCCAACGACAGAGGAGGCCCACCUGGACCAAACGACCCAUACGGGCGCCCUCCACCAUACGAAAGAGGAGACUAUGGUCCUGGAGGCCGGGAGAUGGAGGCAUCACGAACGCCUCUUAGCGAGGCUGAAUUUGAGGAGAUCAUGAACAGGAACCGAGCCAUCUCCUCCAGCGCCAUUUCCAGAGCGGUGUCUGACGCCAGUGCAGCUGACUAUGGUAGUGCAAUAGAGACCCUGGUUACAGCCAUCAGUCUGAUUAAGCAGUCCAAAGUGUCAGCAGACGACCGCUGUAAGGUCCUCAUCAGUUCUCUGCAGGACUGUCUCCACGGCAUUGAGUCUAAAAGCUACGGCUCUGCCCGACGAGAGCGUUCCAGGGAACGAGACCACAGCCGCUCGAGAGAAAAGAGCAGACGCCACAAGUCCCGCAGUCGUGACAGACAUGAGGACUAUUAUCGAGAACGCAGCCGGGAGCGGGACCGCCAUCGCGAGAGGGACAGGGACAGAGACCGUGAGAGAGAGAGGGAGAGGGAGUACCGGCAUCGCUAAAGGAAAAAGAAGCUCACGAGGAUCAAGGAACGAUGGGAGGAAAAAGAGGAAGGAUUUCAAUGCGCCACCACCUCCCAACCCUGCAUGACCGGACAGGAUCACAGCCACCACCUCUUCCUCCACCCCUCCAUCGCUCCUCUUUGCCUCCACACAUCCUACUCUGUCUGUUCGUCCUAUCUGCCUGUGGAUGGGAGACCCUGAACUGUGUAAGGCUAUGUUAUCCAAACCUCUAUACUCAUGGUAACUAAAGAUGAAAGAAAAGAAACUUUCCAAACCGCUCUUUUAUUUUUAUGAUGUUUUAUUUGACAUGAAAAUGACUACUUGUGAAGCUUUUUUUGCAAAGAAACAAUAAAAAGUCCCACUUCGUUCCUAACUAGAAGACACAAACAUUACAUCCUAUUGCUUUUUAUUUUUCCUCGGCUUCCUGUACUGUGUACAUUCAGUUUAGAGCUCCAUUUUUAUAGGGUACAUGUUUGAUGUGUUCUUCCGACGUCUCUCAUUCUCAUUUAUUCUUUUCAUGGUUAGUAUGUUUGUAAAUGUCUCUGCUUUUGAUUAAAAUCUAGAAGGUGUUGUAAUAAAAAAUGAUUAAUGAGGUA